AUGGAGCAGAGGUUUACAGAACUUAUGACAGCCAUAGCUCAAAACCAGCAGGCACCUGCAGUCCCACCUGCACCUACGUUUGAUGGGUCACUGGAGGAUCCUACUAAAGCUGAAAUGUGGUUGUCCUCUGUGGAAACCAUAUUUAAUUACAUGAGAUGUCCUGAGGAGCACAGAGUUCAGUGUGCUGCUUUUCUACUGAGGGACAGAGGCAUUAUCUGGUGGAGGACUACAAUGCGCAUGCUAGGUGGAGAUGUGAGGCAGAUUACCUGGGAUCAGUUUAAGGACUGCUUCUAUACCAAGUUUUUCUCGGCUAACCUUAGAGACGCCAAAAGCCAGGAAUUCUUGGAGUUGAAGCAAGGAUAUAUGACAGUCGAGGAGUACGACCAGGAGUUUGAUAUGCUGUCACGUUUUGCCCCUGAGCUUGUUAGUAAUGAGCAGGCUAGAGCUGAUAGGUUCGUCAAGGGAUUGAGAGAUGAAAUUAGGGGUUUUGUGCGAGCACUAAAGCCCACUACCCAAGCUGAAGCACUGCGUCUGGCAGUGGAUAUGAGUAUUGGGAAGGAUGAAAGACAGCCAAGGAGCUUUAAUAAGGGAUCGUCGUCGGGUCAAAAGAGAAAAGUAGAGCAGAGAACUGUAGGAGUUCCUCAGAGGAACAUGAGACCAGGUGAUUCUUUUCGCAGUUUCCAGCAGAGUUCUGGCGGUGCAGGAGACACUACUCAAGAGAGGCCAGUAUGUGAUACGUGUGGGAAACGCCACCUGGGUCGUUGUUUGAUGGGAACGAGAGUCUGUUAUAAGUGCAAGCAAGAGGGACACAUGGCUGAUAGGUGUCCCUUGAGAUCUACUGGGGCUGGAUCGAGCAGUCAGGGAGAGAGACCUCCACAGCGGGGUACAAUCUUUGCCACUAAUAGAUCAGAGGCAGAGAAGGCCGGCACAGUAGUGACAGGUAUGGAUUGGCUAGCUACUAAUCAUGCUAGUAUUGAUUGUUCUCGUAAGGAAGUUGUGUUUAGUCCCCCUACUGCAUCUAGCUUUAAAUUCAAGGGAGUAGGAACAGUAGUACUGCCUAAAGUAAUCUCAGCUAUGAAAGCUAGUAAACUACUCAGCCAGGGUACUUGGAGUAUUUUGGCAAGUGUGGUGGAUACUAGGGAAGGUGAGACUUCUUUAACUUCAGAACCUGUGGUAAGAGAAUACCCAGAUGUAUUUCCAAAAGAUCUUCCAGGACUACCGCCACAUAGAGAGGUACAGUUACAGGAAUUGCUUGACAAAGGCUUUAUUCGACCUAGUGUGUCACCUUGGGGUGCACCAGUAUUGUUUGUGAAGAAGAAGGAUGGGUCGAUGCGUCUUUGCAUUGACUAUAGAGAGUUGAAUAAAGUAACAGUCAAGAACAGGUAUCCUUUACCCAGAAUCGAUGAUUUGUUCGAUCAGUUACAGGGAGCCACGGUGUUCUCUAAGAUUGACUUACGGUCAGGUUAUCACCAGUUGAGGAUUAGAGACCGUGAUAUUCCUAAGACUGCUUUCGUUCGAGGGUACUACCGGAGGUUUGUGGAGGAUUUUUCACGUUUGGCUACUCCUUUGACUCAGUUGACAAGGAAGGGAACUCCGUUUGUUUGGAGUCCAGCUUGUGAGGAUAGUUUUCAGAACCUUAAGCAAAGGUUAGUUACUGCACCGGUCCUUACUGUACCAGAUGGAUCUGGAAGUUUUGUGAUUUACAGUGAUGCUUCCAAGAAAGGACUGGGUUGUGUUUUGAUGCAGAAAGGUAAGGUGGUUGCUUAUGCCUCUCGUCAGUUGAAGAGUCACGAGCAGAACUACCCCACACAUGAUUUGGAGUUGGCAGCAGUGGUUUUUGCAUUGAAGAUAUGGAGACAUUACUUGUACGGUGAAAAGAUACAAAUCUUUACUGACCAUAAGAGCCUAAAGUACUUCUUCACUCAGAAGGAGUUGAAUAUGAGACAGCGAAGGUGGCUCGAGUUGGUAAAAGAUUAUGACUGUGAGAUAUUAUACCAUCCUGGUAAGGCGAAUGUGGUGGCUGAUGCUCUUAGUAGAAAAGUAUCACAUUCGGCAGCACUCAUUACUAGACAGGUACCAUUGCAUCGAGACUUGGAGAGAGCUGAGAUUGCAGUGUCUGUGGGGAGAGUCACCUCACAGCUAGCUCAAUUAACGGUGCAACCGACUCUGAGGCACAAGAUUGUUGAUGCUCAGAGUAAUGAUCCUUAUUUGAUGGAGAGACGUCGCCUUGUUGAAACAGGGCAGACUGAUGAGUUCUCCAUAUCCUCUGAUGGUGGGUUGAUGAGAGACGUUUAUGUGUGCCAGCGAACAGUACAGUUAAGAUUGACUUACUAG